AUGAAGUUCACAGCUAUACUCGCGUUCGUCACCCCGGCCAUCGCCCUCGCCGGCAACGGUAGGAUAACGACGCCCCCAGACGAAAAGGUCAACUACGACGGCUACCAGGUCUACCGCGUAUCAACAGCCAAUGCGCCAUCAGGCCAACUCGCCCGCCUGCGCUCAUUCCCGUCCAUUGACCUUCAGGGCUCCGUUGAGGUCGCGAUCCCGCCCAGUGAGGUUGAAUCACUCAAGGCUUUGGGCCUGCUAGAUGACGCGCAGCUUCUGGACAAUGACCUCGGGCGGGCGAUCAGGGCCGAGUCCGAGGUGGAACAGAAGCCCGGCUUGACCAAGAGGGGCGAGCUGCCGGACUUGAGCUGGUUCGACUCGUACCACGCAUACGACGACCACGUACAGUACUGGAGGGACCUCCACGCUGCGUUUCCCGACAACUCGGAGUGGUUGGACAUUGGUGCUUCGUACGAGGGCCGCAACAUAUUCGGCUUGCGGCUUUGGGGAGGCGAGGACACUGGGACCAAGCCCGUUGUCCUCUGGCAUAGCACCGUUCAUGCCAGGGAGUGGAUUACGACAAUGACUGUCGAGUACUUGACCUACCAACUCAUCGACGGGUACAAGUCCGGAGACCAAAAUGUCACAGCCUUCUUUGACGCCUACGACUUUUACGUUGUGCCCUUUCACAACCCCGACGGCUUCGUAUACAGCCAGACCACAAACCGCCUCUGGCGCAAGAACCGCCAGCCGCGCCCCAACACGACCUGCAUUGGCACCGACGGCAACCGCAACUGGAACUUCCAGUGGGACUACCCCCUCGAGGACGGCAGCGUCUCCGCCGACCCGUGCGGCGAGACGUUCCGCGGCGUCGCGCCGGGCGACACGCCCGAGAACGUCGUCCUCUCGGCUCUCUCGCGAGAGCUGGCUGCUACUGCUACUAACUCUACGGGCGGCGGCGGCAUUAGACUCUUCAUCGACUGGCACAGCUACUCGCAGCUGAUCCUCCUGCCCUGGGGCUUCUCCUGCGAGCCCGACGUGCUCCCCCGGAACCUCCAGGCGCAGCGGGACGUUGGCGCGGGGUACGCCGCGACGAUUGCGGCGACGAGCGGGGAGACUUACGAUGUCGGCCCUUCGUGUGAGAUUCUGUACUAUUCUACGGGAUCGGCGAGGGAUUUCCACCAUGGGGCUUUGAACGCGACGUAUUCGUGGAGCGUCGAGUUGCGGCCCAAGAGUGGUGGGAGCGGGGGGUCUGGAUUCAUUCUGGCGCCCGAGUUUAUCUUGCCUACGGCGGAGGAGCAUUGGGAAGGGAUCAAGUAUGUGCUGGGUGUCGUUGGUAAGUAA